AUGACAGAAACGUAUCUUAUUGUAGGAUGUGGAGUAUUUGGGUUAGCUACUGCAGUGGAGCUAGCUAAGAGAGGAUAUGCCGUCACUGCAAUUGACGCAUUUGAACCGCCAAGUCCAUGGUCUGCUGCUACUGAUUACAACAAAAUUGUGCGUGGUGAAUAUGACGACGAAGUUUACACAAAGCUAUCAAUCGAAGCAAUUGAGGCAUGGAAAUCGGAUCCAAAGUUCAAGGGCAUCUACAACAAUUGUGGUCGAGUUAUGAUCACACCAAGUUCGUUCAAAGCACGAAUCGAUUAUGAGAAUGCUGGUAUUGCAAAUCUACAAAGGUUCGGCAAGAGCUUAGAUAUUGAAUACUUCAAUGGCGGAGAAGAACUAUCGCAUCGGUUCGAGUUCUUACGUUACAACUCUCUUCGGGAGGGGGAGACCUCCAAGUUCAAUCCAUAUGGUGGGUUGGCGCAUUCGGGAAACGCAUUGAGAGCUGUAUAUAAAGAGGCACGGAGUUUAGGUGUCCGGUUUCUCUUCGGUGAUAGGGGUAAGGCCAUCCACCUGUUGAGGAGAAAUGGGAAGACUAGAAUUGAAACCAAAGAUGGUUCCCAUUUAACUGCAGAUAAGGUUCUCAUUGCCCUAGGUGCCAAUACAGCACGUCUGCUGGAUCUGAAAAAUCAGCAGAGUGCGUCUGGGUUGUUUGUCACAUUCAUCAAACUCACCCAAGGUGAGUAUGAGAGAUUUAAGAAUAUGCCGGUACUAUUUGACUGUGAAAUGGGCUAUUUCUUCCCCCCAGAUCCGGAGACCAGGUUGCUGAAAAUUGCCUUACCGGGGAUUGGAGCAAGAAAUAUGCAAGAUACGUCGUAUUCCUCCUCCAAGGUAUCUCUGCCUAGGUUCAAGAAUGAGAAUCCCACGGACACCAUUCCGCAACAUGGGGUGCGUGAAGCUAAACUUCUGCUAUCUAAAUAUGUCCCCGAGUUAGCUUACCAUCGGCUCCUUGAUUCCAAAAUCUGUUGGAUCGGUGACACACAAGAUUCCAAUUUUAUCAUUGACAGUGUCCCCGAUUGUGAGGACCUCUUUGUUGCUUCCGGCGACUCUGGUCAUGCCUUCAAGUUUCUACCUAAUAUUGGGAGAUACAUUGCCGACAAAUUACAGGGUAAACUCAAUGAUAAAAUGACUCAACUUUGGAAAUGGAAGGAAAGUGAGGGAUUUGAUCCAGCGAGAUGUGGAUGGAGGUUGAAUGGCGGUUAUCCAGAUUUGUCGGAAAUUAAGUUCCACAAUGAGAACAAGCCCAAACUCUAA